GGUUCGGGUUGAACCCGGAUUUUUCCGGUGGAUCAAUGAGUGCUUGAUGUGGCGACAGGUGUGUGUUCCCAUGACGUGGAGGAAUUCGAGGACGCAGACAUGAUAAGAUGCCGGGAGGAAAGAAUGUUCCGCGGGAGAUCGGAGGAUCUACGGAAUCUUCUCCAGGAGAUGCAAACGGAUAUUCGAGCUCGAAUUGGCGGCUAACAUGUCGGAGAUUUUGGGGAACGACCCACAAGUUUAUCUCUUCUUAUCCUCAAUCUGCUGUAAAGAUUUUCUGUUCGAGAAGAGAUUACUUCGAUUAAGAACCUAAGAAGAACAGGGAAAGCAACGGCUGAGGUAACUGAGAAGGCAUGUCCAUACUUCAGGAAGCAGGCAACAAUUUUUUCUUCUCACAGUUCUUCCCACAGAAAUAUGUAAGCGGCAAUGCGGAAUCUAAGGCACUCAAAUUGUCCAUUAUUUGAGGUGGUUGAUCCCAUCAAGAGAACAGAAAGGUCAAACCUAAUGUUGUGGACCUGUCAAGAGUUUACUCUUGCUGGGGCAAUUGUUAUGUUCACAUUUCUUUUGGUUUAUUCCAUUCUCCAGUGAAGUAAAUCUCAUUUCAAGUAAUAACUUGUUACCGUGGAAUGUCAAAUUACUCAGCAAUGGAAAUAACACUGGAUAUAAAUGCAAAUUUACUCAAUAAUGUCACAAUUCUUCU